AUGGACCUUGACGAUGAUGUUUCUUCCAUAGUGUCCUCUUCGACUGACGUCCAUAGCACAGGUCGAUCUUCUAAUUCACAUAUGUCUCAGCUCUCACACAUGUCAGCGAUAUCAUUCGCUUCGGUGGGUACCGUGGAUACGUUCAACACGUUCAAUACGAUUGGUUCAUCAAAUACUGUGGAUUCUGUGGGGAGUGAUCCUAGGCCUGGUCCAACCAGGCCAUCAACGUCAAGGAUUCGAAAUAGACUGAGUUUGCUGGGCUUGAAUAGGGUUACUUGGGCGGGGGCCUCUUUGAGACCGUCUCCUGAUAAUUUCACUACUACAGCUUCUGCUCCACCUGCUCCACCACCUCCCACCAAUUUUCCGCCGAAUUUCGCAUUUUCGCAUUCUUAUUCACCGCAUUUGCAUACGCAUACCCCAUCUCAGCACUCACACAACUCGUACCACUCAUGCCGCUCCACGCAUACACACUCGCUCUCUACACCGGCCUCCGCCCGGUCCUCGAACUCCUUUAAUAAUGUGCCUUCUUCCGUUGACAGUCAGCUCGUGCAUGAUUUUCGGAAUUUGGCGUCGAUGGAUCAAGAGCACCUUACAAUGGCAGAGUCUCCUCCUCAGAACACGGUCUCAGUUCCAAAUGUGACACCCAUACCUCUGAGUUCGAACGCCAUUGCUGCGCAGUCCAAUGGAACAUCUUCUGUUCCUGUUCCUGUUCCUUCGACAUUUACUGCACCUGCUUCACCCAAGAGUCCAAAUGCAAUCCCUUCAAGCUCCAAAGCCUCCGCCUUGGUCCCGGCUCCGACUACUACUCCGGUACCGCAGAGGACAAAUUCGGUUACUGCUAAGCUCAAUGGACCCCCGCCUGUGAUUGCUAGUUCUUCUAGUAGUGUUCAGGGUUUCGGUCCUGCUGACACGCAUCCACUCAGCGAAACUGAUAUGCACGAAACUAUCAGCUGUCUAUACCUGGAAGGUUGA